AUGGACGGUUCAUAUAAUAUAGGAAAUACUUUAAAUUCUUCUAGACUUAUAGAAGAUCCUCAAUACAAUAUAAAUGCAAACAAUUUUGGAUACAACAGCAUGAAUGCCAAUUAUUUAAUGAAUGGAACUGGAUUGGCAAAUGGGUAUAAUAAUAAUAGUGAGUAUGUUAUGGAUGGAGAGAAAUAUAAAGCAGAUAUAAUGGACCAAUACAAAUUAGAGCAAUCCUUAAACCGUUAUAAUAAUACAAUACCAAUACAUAGUGUUAUGCAAACACAUCCAACUGAUCAUAUGAAUAUGCAAGGAAUGAAAACUCAUUUAGAUACUACUGGGCUUGAAAGUUAUCGAAAUUUAAUGAAUUAUAAUAAUACCCAACAUAGUAUUCAAGCUAAUCAAAUGCCAUAUGAUAUGGAAGGGUACAAUAAUAAUAGUAUUAAUAACAAUAAUGGUGAGGCUAUGUAUAUGAAUCCAAAUACUUCCGACAUGUUUCCUACUGAUUAUAUUAACAAUUUACCAGGCCCAGAUACAGAAACAAUGUUAUAUUCAAAUAGUUUUAAUUUUCCCAACACAGAUUAUAACACAAGUAUGCAUAAUAAUAACAAUUAUUAUGGAAAUUCACAAUAUCCUAUGCCUAUAUUCGAAAAUAUGAACAACCCCAAAAUGUAUAUGCAACAUAUGGAUCAAAACCAAGCCAUAGAUUCUGCAAUGCCUAAAAUGGGCCAUGCAUGUAGCAUUAGAAAAAUGCCUGUUGUAAAUAAAAGAAGAAGUAAACAAAAAAAAUUAUUUCCUUGUUGUUAA